AUGCAGCAUGAAGAUUUGGGUGUGCGUGAUCAAGCAGCACCUGCCGAAUGCCUGGGGCCCGGAUUGGAGAUGCGAGGGGAUCAGUUGUUUCUCCUGAAGCUUUUUCCUUUGGCGUUGCAGUGUCCUGGUGCCUUGCAUGUGCUCCACCAGUCAGUCGCAGAGUUAACCUCGUCUUUUUCGAACUAUGGUGAUUGGUUUUAUCCAGGCCUACAAGCCGUCACACAUGUCUUUGGGAAAAAACACAACAGAGACCGGUUCAUUGCAGAAAAGCUGCGUGGCUCCGAAGCCAGCGACCUUGAAACAGCGGUGAGAGAUUUGGAGUUGAACUUGCACGAAGGACGAUGGGGAACGAUGGUGAACACAUGCAAAUCUUUGCUAUCUGUGCGCCUAGUGUUUGCUUACUGGACUCCAGAUGUCAUCAGCCAGGACCCGCCAGGCCCGAAUGCAUCGCAAGCGGACAAAGACGACUACACUUCCUUCUGUAACAUGAGAGAUUCAAUGACAGAGUCUGUUCGUGACGCUUCUUGGUGGGAAUAUCUGUGCAUGAUCCUACGCCUUUCCCGGGUCGUCGACCAUCUGGAGCACUGGUUUGAAGCUUGUCCCUGUCACUUCAAGAAAGUCCCUGAGUCCUCCCUCGCAGGAAAUCGGAUUUUCAACACCAGGUACGAUUGUCCCAUGGCAGGUCGUCGCGGACCUGAGUUAGCCGCCGGGGCGAUGGAUGUAAUCCUGCGUGACAACUUCGAGGCGCAACGAACUCACUUGCUCAUGGCUUGCUCUUCCUUGCAACGUGAAGACGCAGACAAGAUUUGCCAUGACUUUUCUGCUGGGCAAGCAAAACUCGAGCAGUUCCUGGUAUUGAAAUUUUCCUUUUGGGGAGCGCUUCCCCAUAAACUUUGUGUGCUCGGACAUCAUGUUGAGGCGGAAGCACGCUUGGGGCUGAAAGCUGCCAAAGACAUGUUUGAAGAACAUCCAAGCAGUGACCAGCAUCAUGCACUUACGGAGCAUUUCUUCAGAGGGCCUCUUGCUGCACACAUUGAUGCUUUCAUCGCCGGGCGUCUGGCCAGAUCGGACUCCCAGGAGUUGUUGCGUGAAGCCGCUGCAUGUGCUUUUGUGUCUUGUGUUGAGCGAAGCAUCGAAGCUCGGCACGCGCUUCUGAAGUCGAAGACCGAACUGAUGAAACGCAUAUCGCCUGCCUCCUUCUCGCUGGCGAUUAGAUCACAUGAGUUCCAUAGGCGAUGCCUCAACAAUGCAGAGAUGCUUUCUGAGUGGCAGCACCACGUCCUCAGAUUGAAAAGAUGUUCCAAGCAUGGGUAUCCUUAUGUAGUCGACAUGCUCGGGUUUGCCAACCACCCAGAAAUCCAGCGCUCGCGGAGCAUGUUUCAGAGGAUCAGACUGCGCGACGCGGCCAACGUCAUAUAUCAUUGUGAUUUGGAGACACAGUACGAUCGACAGGCUGCAGCAGGCUCAACAAUGCGGCAGCCUGGCUAUAGGGACAACCCUGAUAGUGCUGCUAAGCUUCGGAAGCUGGUUUCCAGCCAAUCCACUGAUGAGGGCAAGCAGAGUGCCAUGUUGCGGGUGGUCAUGCACGAACAUUUCUGUCACAAAUGCCAGGAGGGGGAAAUCUAUUCCCUCACAGGCCAAGUGCCGCCAGCUAGAUUGCUACAGGAUGCUCUUGUGCCCAAGCCGAAGCGCCGUGCUCCGGAAUCGCUGCAGGAAGUUGCGCAUCCGCAGGCAGAUGUGCUGAUGUUUCAAGAACCUGACCCGGCAGAGGACCCUUCGACAACAGCUGCAGUGCCUGAGCCUUCGCAGUCGUUGGAGAUCGAUCCCGUUCCAUCUGAUGCCACCCCUGUUCUUUUUGUCCAGGUCGUCAAGACAAAUCUGGCCAAGCAGAAGCGGGUGAAAUAUGCCGAUGCCUUCACCCGCCAACUUGGCCAUUUGGAUGUGGCUGUCUGUGUGCAUCCGGCAUCUUCGGCAAGUGGGGGCGACAACAUUCUCCGAUCUGCGUCAGUAGAAUUGAUGCCGCAGAGGAAUGCAGUCGGUCGUGUGCACGUUCAGCUUUUUGAUGCUCCGCAGGUUAAGACGAUACCUGAGGCGAUGGAAGCUGUGACGGUGUGGUCACGAUCAGCAGUUCAGACUGAAUAUGCGCAAUUGUUUCUGCCAGGAUUUUCGGAUCACCUCCGUCCGGUAGCAGGUGCCUUGAUAUCAGAGAUGGCUCGUGCAGGUGCGAUAAAGGACGGUCCGCGGGAAACUGCGUACCAUAUCUGGCAUGAUUUUGACCAUGACGAUGGAGUCCUUGCGAGACUGGAAGCAAUUGAGGAAUUGCAAAAUGUUGGUCUGAUACAUGAGGUGUUCAACAAUGAUGACCAAAGUGCAUGGCUCUUAGACGUGGCUGCAGUUGCAAACUGCAAACCGACAAUGAACUUGGAGGCUCCGAGGAAAUUCUUUUCUGUGCCCGAUGGACCACCUGCUUUGACGUGGAGCAGGAUGGAGUGCCUCAGCUACCUUCAUGUCCAUGGCUGGCAGAUGCACAUGCUUUCCACUGCGGAUGAGAAAGGGGCUGUCUUGCCUCUGGAUCUGAAUUUCCGAACAUCAGAUGACAAAAUGAUCUGUGUUUUCAAAGGGAACCUUUUGCAGCGUUAUCUCCACUGUCUUUGCUAUGCAGAUGCUGAGCUUCCUUUUCCUGGGCAUGUUGAGACGAUAGACCACUUCGGGACGCAUGCGUAUUUUGGGAAGAUUCUGGGUUUGGAAGCUAAACGGCGACAGCAAAGCCGGCCGGCAAUUGCAGAUGCCGACGGAAAUCCUGCUUUGGCAGCUGUUCCAGCUGAUUUGUUUCGCAACCCACAGGAAAUGGAGCCGGGGACCACGGCACCAGAGGAUCCAGACAUUGCCACAGAUGUUGAGGAUGCUGAGGGAGGCGGCCAUUCUGAUGCCGCUGCCUGGCAAACACAGGGAGGCGUGGGUGAUGUGGAAUACGAUAAUGAUUUCGGGCCUCCUGCUGAUUGGCUGGCCUCUCCGGAGCUAUCGCCAUCUGGUUCAUCUGGUGUCACUAAGGCUUCAAGUUCAGGCAGCUCGUCAUCUUCUGAGUCUGAUUCAGACUCUUCUGGCUCUUCUGAUGAGGACCCUACUGCUGCCGUUGGGGAGAGGGCAGCAGCAGCAGAGCGCCAUCGCAGAGAUGAAAGGUUCGAGUGGCGCAAUUUCCGAUUUACUUUUCGGCCUGGCACAGAUGCUCGCAAACCGGGUUAUAUGGCAUUAUGCAGGUUUCAUUCUGCUGGAGAAAGUACGAAGUGCACAAGAACGGCAACCUGGAAUGACGAGUCAGAGAGGGCUGCUACUGUCAGGAGACUUAAGACUUGGUGCGUCAGAGCAGGCGAUUAUGAUGACCGCCGACAGCACCAGGCACAUGUCACAGCAGAGGUGCUAAGCGAUGAUGCUUUGGAGGCAGCCGAGCUUCCGCCAUUGCCUGCUGCUGGAGAUUGA